AUGACCGCAACCUCUUCAAUUAUUCUCCCGGGCCCGUCCUCAAAAUCGGAAUGCGUCCGGGUCGUGGUGCGAUGUCGCCCGCUCAGCGAGGGCGAGAUCCGAGAGGGCCACCAAAGCAUCAUCGCGAUGGACACAAAGCGAGGUCUCGUCGAGCUGAAAAACCCGAAAGAGCCGAACGAGCCGAGCAAAGAUUUUACGUUUGAUUCGAUCUACGAUGGAAGUUCAAAACAAGCUGAACUUUACGAUGAGACUUUCCGGGAUCUCGUCGAAUCCGUGCUCGACGGAUUCAACGGGACGAUUUUUGCCUACGGCCAGACCGGAACUGGGAAAACGUAUACCAUGGAAGGACGCUUGGAUGUGGAAGGAGAGCGCGGAGUGAUCCACAACUCGUUCGAGCACAUCUUCUCCCACAUCGCCCUCAGCCGCAACCAGCAAUUCCUCGUGCGGGCCAGCUACCUCGAGAUUUAUCAGGAAGAGAUCCGCGAUCUACUCAAUAAAGACUCGAAGGCUCGACUCGAGUUGAAGGAGCGCCCGGAUGUCGGUGUGUACGUCAAAGACCUCUCGUCGUUCGUCACAAAAAGCGUAGAAGAAAUCCAGCACGUAAUGCGCGUCGGAAACGCCAACAGAUCCGUCGGGCGAACAAACAUGAACGAGCACAGCAGUCGCUCGCACGCCAUUUUCAUGAUCACGGUGGAGUGCUCGGAGAUUGGGCCCGACGGCGAGACGCAUAUACGGGUUGGACGUUUAAAUUUGGUCGAUUUGGCCGGUUCCGAACGGCAAGCAAAGACUGGGGCAACUGGGGAACGCUUCAAGGAAGCCACCAAAAUCAACCUCUCCCUCUCCGCCCUGGGUAACGUCAUCUCGGCGUUGGUUGAUGGAAAAAGCACACACAUCCCCUACAGGGACAGCAAGCUGACGAGAUUAUUGCAAGACUCUCUUGGCGGCAACUCAAAAACGGUGAUGGUGGCCUGUAUCGGGCCCGCCUCGUACAAUUUUGAAGAGUCGUUGGGAACAUUGAGAUAUGCGAACAGGGCUAAAAACAUCAAGAACAAGCCGAAGAUCAAUGAAGAUCCCAAGGAUGCGUUGCUGCGCGAAUUUCAGGAGGAGGAGCAAAUGGCCGAAGAGCGCGAGGCGAUUGAGGAUGACCAUUCGAUGCGGGAAGAAGAAAAGCAGCGUCUACUCUCCGAAAUCGAGGAACGACGGCGACUCCUCGACCAGGAAAUCGAGGCCCAAGCGGCUGUGGCGGCAAAGAUUGAGCAGAUGCAGAGCAAAUUGCUAUCUGGUGGCGCCGAUUUGUUUGACCACACCAGGAGGCAGCAAGAUGAGCUGGAGCGGAAACGGAAAGAGCUGGCGGAUAGAAAGAAGCUGGAACGCGAGAUGCUCGACCAGUUGGAGCAGGAAGAGGAAUCGGUGGCCGAGCUGGACACUACAUUCUCCUCACUGCGCCAAGAGGUUGAAGCCAAGGCGCGGAAGCUCAAGAAGAUCUCCAUAAAACUGCAAAAAGCCCGUCGCGAACUGCAGGACCUCCACAUUGCGCAUUCCGACGAGCGCAGGGAGCUGGAGCGGGACGUCUCCCAGAUGAACAUGGAGCUGAAGCUGAAG